AGCGUUAGGCGGUAAGUUUCAAAACACAAAUGGCGACGGAGAGAACUGAAGCUCUUCUGGAAAGGACUGACCCUUCCUUUCUGAAAUCAUGCAACACCACCGAGCUGCAGGAAACAGGAGAGGGAGAAAUGAUGGCUCCUUAUCUGAUGGACUGCAGGAGAAAACAGAAGCAUGUAUUCAGGCAGCUGUGUCAGCUGGUCGACAUGAUCCAGCUCCUGACAGGUCUGGAGUCAGUGGAUCAGCUGCUCAAUAAGCCUUGUCCCCAAAACCCAGGUAAUGGAGCUCGUUCUGCAUGGAAGUCUUUAAAAGCCGUAUAUCAGGAGAGAGUUCAGGAGGUGGAGCAGAUGAUCAGCACUCUCCAGGAUCGCAUGGAAGAGCUUCAGGGGCAAGGGGGACACUGGAGACUCUACUGUUUGCUCUGCAGAUAAAGAAGGAGGAGUGCAAAGAGAAGGAGAGAAACACAGAUAAACGAAAUCAGAGAGCUGAGAAACAAAUCAGCUUUCAGAUGGAAGAUUUCAUCCAGGCCGCCCAAAACUCAAUCAGUGCUUGUGAUGUGCAGUUUUCUAAGCUCAAGGAUGAGGUUGAAAAGCAGCAGGCUCGAAUUAGUGACUGGACAAUCUUAAGAGAUGGGCUGCAGACCUUGGUCAGCGUGACUCACAGAAACAUGGCGUACAGGCUGCUGUCAGUCAGUUCCUCUGAGCUGUGCCUUGAGCUCUUGCCUUGUGCUGCUCAAAGAUCACUUGAGCCCCUGUGUGUCUCCAUCACCAUGACAACCAGUGAUGAAUUUCGUCUUCAGGACAAUGGAGGAAAUCGAGUGUAUGCUGUCUUUGAUCCUCGGGAUGUGCCCGUUUCUCACAGCAAGAAGACAAACGUUGUUUCAGGAGAGGCCGAGGCCAGCAAAACGAAACACUGCUGCAAUACCAGGAGAGUUUACUCCAUCUGGCGCGUGCAAUGAUGAUGCAGUGAAUAGUGACGAUUCUCUCUGACCAAUCAGCAGUCUGCUUUGGUGUCACGUCACAUUUUAGUAUCGCCGCAGCUCUCUCAGAACCUCGCCGGAGGUGAUACGAAAGAAAGUACCUGGAAGCAGGUACAACUUUUACACAGUGGAAAACCAAACAGAGGUGGGUCGAGUCGAGGCGAGCUGGUACUGUGUAGUGGAAAGUGCCAUUAAUGAUAAAAUUGUAAAUUUUAUUUUGUACAUGUACACAUGCUCUCAAUAUGAUGAGACUAUAAUUUGUAAUGCUGAAUUAAAUAGGAUAAGAACUCAAAUAAA